AUGAUGUCGUCUCGCAAACGAAAUGCAAUUUUAGAAGAAUUUAUAGAAAUAUAUAAAUCGGAGCCCUGUAUAUGGCGAUUGAAGGAUAAAGAGUAUCAUGACCGAAAUAAAAGAGCGGCAGCAUACGAAAAACUUAUAAUUAAAUUAAGAGAACUAGAGCCAAAUGCGACAAAGGAGGAUGUUGUAAAAAAAAUUAAUGCGCUACGAAGUAACGUACAUAGAGAAAAAAGAAAGGUUGAAGAAUCCACUAAGUCGGGAGCGUCAGGUGACGAAAUUUAUAAACCGUCGUUGUGGUACUAUGACAUGUUUGAAUUUCUCGGAGAUCAGGACAUUCCUCGUACUUCACAGUCCAAUAUAGAUGAAGCUGAUCAAAUUGAGGAAAUUGCUGAUGCCAGGGAUAGUAAUGAAACUUUGGAUACAGUAACUUCAGAAAAUAUAAAUAUAGCACAAAACUCAUCAUCCCAAGAACAGCAGCAAGAGUCAGCGGCGAAACGACCAAGAUCAUCAAGACCCGGUAAAAAAAACAACGAGCCAGAAAAACUAACGAACGAAGUAUUAACUUCUAUUAGGGAUCACUUUAAACGACCUGUAGCUUCACCACCACCGCAAGAAGACCGGUACCUCUAG